AUGACGCUCCUCGCGGGCCUCGGUGAAGCGUGGUCAACCGUGAUCACGAUGUUGGAUGGGACGCAAGACACGUGGAAGAAGGAGCAAGUGGUGGCACGCCUCAUCAACGAAGAGGCGAGGCGCACGAAAUUGCAUGGCGAUGCAAUUGGCGCGGCACACUUCUCUCGCGAUGCGAAGGCGAAAGGGACGAGUCACUUCAAGCGGCGCAACGACGGCAACAACCGCGGGAGCUCGAGCGGGAGCGCGGCGGCCUCAAGCUCAUCACGAGGAGGACCGGCCAACGCCAAUCGAGCUCGGACGCGCGACGGCGCUUGUCGUUUUUGCAAGAAGACCGGACAUUGGUGGCGCGAAUGUCCCGUCAAGCCGGCAAAUUGGAAGCCGUCAAGCGACGACAACCGGCGUGCGCAUGUGGCGACAUGCGACAACAACGACCGGGAGUUCGUAUUCGUCGCAAGUGGAACGAGCGUCGGUGGUGUUGACGCGUGGAUACUCGAUACGGGUGCUACUCAACACAUGACGGCGUGUGCGACGCUUCUCAACAACGUGACAACGGAGGCUCCCGUUAAGCGCGUGAUGUUCGGCAACCGUGACACGUUGGACGUCACGGGACAAGGCGACUUGCGGCUCAUGGUGGACGGCGGUCCACUCACCAUCAAGAACGUCUUGGUGGUUCCCGGGCUCGGCGCCAACCUCCUCUCCGUUUCUCAACUCACACGCAAGGGGAUGCGUGUGAACAUCGAAGGGACCAUGAUGGCGUUGAGUGCGGCGGAUGGCGUACACAUCGGCACGGCACGCCAAACGGGAGGACUCUUCAUGCUCGAUGCCCUCCCAAGUGUGGCGACGGCUCAAGCGGCUACCUCGACAACCACUCUCAAAACAUGGCAUAAUCGAUUUGGCCACCUCCACUACGAAGCUAUUCAAGCUAUGGCAACGAAGGGGAUUGUCAACGGCUUGGAGUUUGUGCGCUCGAGUGGAGAUGAUGCGAAGUGUGUCGGUUGUCUCGAAGGGAAAAUGGCACGGAAGCCAUUUCCACCAAGCACGAAGCCGAACGCCACCGAACCUCUCAAGCUCGUUCACACGGACUUGUGUGGACCGAUCACUCCCGCGUCAAAGGGCGGCGCGCGCUACGUUCUCACGCUCCUCGACGACGCGACGCGGAUGUGUUGGAUUCGGCUUCUCAAGACAAAGGACGCCACGUCAACCGCCAUCAAGCAAUGGGUCGCGGAUGUGGAGACGGAAAGCGGCUUCAAGCUCGUUCACACGGACUUGUGUGGACCGAUCACUCCCGCGUCAAAGGGCGGCGCGCGCUACGUUCUCACGCUCCUCGACGACGCGACGCGGAUGUGUUGGAUUCGGCUUCUCAAGACCAAGGACGCCACGUCAACCGCCAUCAAGCAAUGGGUCGCGGAUGUGGAGACGGAAAGCGGCUUCAAGGUGAAGCGCUUUCGCUCGGAUGGAGGUGGCGAAUACACCGCUCGGGAGCUCGGCGAUUGGUUGAAAGGGCGUGGGACCGCGCAUGAGUUCUCGACGCCGUACACGCCUCAACAAAAUGGAGCCGCCGAACGCUUGAAUCGCACGCUUAUGGAGUCGGCACGAAGUCUCCUCUCCCAUGCUCACGCGGAGAAGCAUUGGUGGGGAGAGGCGGUUACGUUGGCAACUUGGAUUCGCAACCGGUGCGUGACCAAGGCGUUGCCCAACAAGACGCCUCUUGAGGCUUGGAGCGGUACGAAGCCGGACGUCACCGACCUUCGCACGUUUGGGUGUACGUGCUACUACCAUGUCCCGGAUGCUACACGGACCAAGCUUGAGGCGAAGGCGCGGGUGGCGAUGUACUUGGGUCCAAGCGCGGAUCACAAGGGGUGGCGCGUGUGGGACUUGGAGCACGGGAAACUCGUGGUGUCGCGCGACGUGGUGUUCUACGAAGACACCUUCCCCUCCAAGUCUACGAACGUGCCCUCGGUCAUCAUCGUCCCUCCACCCUUGGAUGCCGCGGAUGAGGCGGAUGGCGCUCCUACGGCUCCUCCUCCUAGUGCGAGUGAGGGGGAGAAUGGGGCGGGUGCGGUUGGAGUGAGUGAGGAUGAAGGAAAUGCCAAGGAACGUGACCCUUCAUCUCCUCCUCCUCGUAUCACUCCCACCCUCGCAUCCACUCGCACUCGAAGGAACCCUCAUCCCAACUCCAAGUUCGAUGACUACUCACUCGUGGCGGGGGACGAUGAGGGAGGGGGAGACGCUAUGUGUCUUGAGGCGUACACCGACACCCCGUCCACCUACCACGGCGCCAUGAGCUCGGCGGAAGCGGCGGAAUGGGAGCGCGCGCUUCAAGAGGAGGUAGGCUUGCAUGCUUAG